AUGGCUCGGAGGAUGAGCAUCGACGAGCUGGAGGACCAGCUCCUCUGUCCCAUCUGCCUGGAGGUCUUCAAGGAGCCCCUGAUGCUGCAGUGUGGGCAUUCGUACUGCAAGUCCUGCGUGGUGUCACUCUCUGGAGAGCUGGACGGGCAGUUCCUGUGCCCCGUGUGCCGCCAAACUGUGGACUGCAGCGCCUCGCCACCCAACGUCACGCUGGCCCGCGUCAUCGAGGCGCUGCAGAGCCGGGGUGAGGCAGAGCCCGCCCCAGAGUCCUGCCCGACGCACCACAACCCCCUCAGCCUCUUCUGCGAGGCCGACCAAGAGGUGAUCUGCGGGCUGUGCGGCACCAUCUGUCGGCACCCAUAGCCACCCCGCCGGCACAAGAUCACCCCCAUCUCUACCGCGUACUGCCGGAUGAAGGAGGAGCUGUCUGUGCUGCUGACCGACGUCCACCAGUACAAGAGGAACCUGGACGAACACUUCAGCAAGCUCAUCAACAACAAAAGCCGCAUCGCAAAUGAGGCGGAUGUCUUCAAGUGGGUGAUCCGGAAGGAGUUCCAGGAGCUGCACAGGUACAUCGACGAGGAGAAGGCCACCUUCCUGGAGAGCAUCGAGGGGAAGGCAGCCCAGCUCAUCACCUCCAUUGAGUCCCAGGUCAAGCAGACGUCAGACGCCCUGCAGAGGCUUAAGGAGAUGCAGAGCUCUCUGGAGGCACUCGGCAACGAAAGCCAGCUUGAUUUCAUCCGGAAAUACGGCUCCUGCCAGUUCAGGUCGGAGCUCCCCAGCCUGCACCCCGGUGAUGGCAUCUUUAGCCCCGUGUCCUUCAAGCCGUGUUUCCACCAAGACGACAUCAAGAUGACCGUGUGGAAGCGCCUGCACCGCCGCGUCCUGCCAGGUACUGACCUGCCCCGCUGGCAGCGCGCCGGGUGCCCUGGCUCACUGGCGCCCUGCUCUGGCGUAACGCUCCAGCUGCGUGAAGUUCAGCAGUGCCAGCUCGUCCGGCGGUGCCAGUCCCCGGGGUCGCCCGGAGCCGGCCCCUGCCUGCUGCGUGCCUGGAGCCUGCGUGCUUUCCUUCUAGCCCCAGAGACGCUGAAGCUGGACCCAGUGACAGCGCAUCCCCUCCUGGAGCUCUUCAAGGGCGACACGGUGGUGCAGUGCGGGCUCUACCAGCGCCGGGACAGCAACCCCAAGCGUUUCAACUCCAGCAACUGCAUCCUCACCUGCAAGGGCUUCUCCUGCGGCCAGCACUACUGGGAGGUGAUCGUGGGCACCAGGAACCACUGGCGCGUGGGCAUCAUCAAGGGCACAGUCAGCCGCAAAGGGAAGCUCAGCAAGUCUCCCGAGAACGGCGUGUGGCUCAUCGGCCUGAAGGAAGGGAAGGUCUAUGAGGCCUUCAGCACCCCGCGGGCCAGCCUGCCGCUGACCGCCCGGCCCCAGCGCAUCGGCAUCUACCUGCACUAUGAGAAGGGCGAGCUGACCUUCUACAACGCCGACAACCCUGACGAGCUCAGCCCCAUCUACACCUUCCAGGCGGAGUUCCAGGGCCAGCUCUACCCCAUCGUGGACCUGUGCUGGCCGGAGCGAGGGCCCUACUCCCCCCCCAUCAUCCUGCCUGUGCCCGCCGCGAGCCAGCACCCCCGGGUACCGCGCUACGUCCGAGUCAACACCCUGAAGACUUGCGUGGACGAUGCGAUUGACUUCUUCAAGCGCCAGGGCUACUCCUACCUGGGCAAGGCAGCCAGCGUGGAGGAACUGAGGGCCCUCUCCGGGAAGAAAUUCUUGCUGGAUCUGCAUCUCCCGGAGCUGCUGGUUUUCCCUCCGCAGACGGACUUCCACGACAACCUGCUGUAUACUUCAGGACACAUAAUUCUGCAGGACAAGCAUGUUCGUGCAGUCUUGCCCUGA